AUGACGCGUUCGAGCCAAAGGGUUCUACGCGCCUUUGGCCGCAUGGGCUUGAGGUGCAAUGUAUAUCGCUUGAGGGAGAUUUUCAGUGCGGGGUGCUACGAGUACGUCGGAGAGGGCACUGGCGCCCGAUGCCACAACGGCCAGUCACGCGACUUCUCUCGUGACCCCGAUUUCACCCACUGGUCGUCUCCACCUCAUCGGAUCAGCACCCCAGUUGCCAGUGCCGACGGAAAUGUGCAGAUCGACCAGCUGGGUGGCCAGACUGCGUCCCACACAGCCAGGGCGUGGACGCACGGUCGCGAGCUCAGCACCACGGAGGACCACGGCGCGAAGACCAGGCGUUUCAUGAUAGGCGAGAUGCAGAGGUGCCCGUCGGCGCACGCCGGCGGGAGCAGGGGCAGGGCCCAGGCCCGGCAGCGCUGGGAUAGUCCCGGGGCGCGGGGCGGCAUGGCCGCGGAGGGCGAGCGGGCGCGGCCGGGGCCUCGCGUAGACGCGCGCCGCCGGUGGGCCAAAUGCGACGGGGGCCUCGACAUCGACGGGCUCUGGCAUGCCAUAUUGGCAGCAUUCUUGUUCCAGUUUUACACAUCUGGCGAAGACCCGUGGUCCGUGAUGGCGCAGCACAGCGCGUUCGUUGGCCACCGCAGCAGCACGCCGCCCCUCAGCUAUAACCCGCAGAAGCUGGCCACAGAGAUCGAGAGCAUCCAGGCAGAGAAGCGCGAGUUGGAGGGCAAGCGCGAGCAGAGCAAGGCCACGGAGAAGGAGCUGCAGGCCCUCAUCGACAACCUCUUGGCCAGGCCAGCAGUCGUCCACCGUGGCAUGCCGCUUGACCAGGCUGCACUAGACCGAGCCAUGGAAGUCGCCGAGCUGUUCAUGGAUGUGAGCGGUGAUCUUGCGGGAGCUGACAUUGACGGCCCGGUUGCCGAGAGCCCCGUCGUGCCCUGCCCAAUCGAUGGUGACGAGCACCCCCCUGAUGCAGGUGCCGGCGAGAUUGGAGAGCUGCCCGCUGCUCCACUUCAGGAGCCCGGUAGUGGCGCUGGCCCCUCGGCCUUGCCAGCGCUGCCCGCGCCAGGCGCCGCGCCUCCUGACGUAGGCAUGCGGUUCGGGUUGCCUCACAACCUGGGCGCGCUCGAGGCGUUCGACGCGCUCGAGGUGCUGCUUCUCGCCCGGAGCCUGCAAUCUGCGAGCCCCGUCCAGAGGCAGGGGAUGUCGGAUGGGGCGAGGAGGGCGAGGGACGCCCUGGCGGAGAGCCCCCACAGCAUGCUUUGGAUCAACGAGCUGGGGCGGAUCUACGCCGACGAGGCGCAAUGGGACAAGUGCGAGAUCGCCUUGCUCCGGGGCUGGAAACGCGCGGGCGAGAUCGAGGACCCAGGCGUGCGGCUCUGCUUCCUGCUGAAGCUGUGCGAGGUCUCGUAUUACCUGCGGAAGCACAAGCAGGCCAUGGCUGUGCUCAAGGACAUAGACGAGCCGGAGGCACCGGAUGAGUUCCAGGCCUAUCUGCUACUGGCUUGCCGUGUGCAUGCCUGCAAUAACGACCUGGAGGGUGCGAUGAGAUUCUUCUCGAGGGCCAUUGAGAGGGAAACUUUUCAGAGCUCGUUGAAGGUGCUCGCGCUGACGAUGUUCGAUCUGCAAAAGGCGGGAGCUUACGAGCCGGCGAAGCAUGCAGUGGAGAGCAUGGCCGGCUCUUGCGACAAAGACCAGCUGCGGAUAUUCGACGACGCCCUCGAGCAGAGGGAGCGCCCCGGUGCAAAAAUAGACCGGCUGUUCAUGUACGCCCUCAUGGGCGCCAAAGUUUUCGCGAUUCUCUGCGUGGUCUUCCUGCUGUACCAGUGGGAACAGAGCAGCCUGGAAAGGCGCAUCCCGCUGCUGGCCCAGUCCGACUGGGACCUCAGCGGCCAGUUGCUGCCGUCAGUUCCCACGGCGUGGGGAGACAUCUGGCGCGGGACCACGCUUGAGCUCAUGGGCAGCGCCACACGACAGUCAGGGGUGGCUGGCCACUUCGGCCUCGCAGGGUUCGCCGGCUCUGGUAUCGAAUACCCGACGUCCUGCCUCAGCGUGUUGCAGGCUGAUCGCAAGCUACACUCCGUGGCGUUCUGCAACUACUUCGGCGUAGGCGUCGACGCCAGAAUCGCCAGCCGCUUCGACCAGAUGCGCCGCUGCUUCCCGCGCCGGUUCAAGAACAGAACGCUGAACAAGGUGCACUACUUCUGGGUCGGUGCCAUCGAAUUCUUCGCAAGCCUGCGGAACUCCUGCACCCAGCUCAGCAAGGAGGUGGCGUUGAGAUGCGACGGCAUGGACUACGAGCUCGGCCGCCACGUGAAGGGCAUCAUCUUCUCCAACAUUAACUCCUACGGAGGUGGCUCUAAGCUCACCGCGCAGUGUUGCCACCAGGAUGGCAAGUUGGACGUGGUUCUCAUCAGAGGGCCAUUUGGUGGCGUCCCGCAUUUGGCGUUGGUGAAGCUUGGGUUGGCGCGAGGCCACAAACUCUGCCAGGCCAAGACGGUGGAGCUCACGAACAGGACGGCGAUGCCCAUCCAGGUGGACGGCGAGCCCUGGGAGCAGCCCCCCUCCCGCAUCGAGGUCACACCGAGCUUCACGAAAGCAUCGAUGCUGCAGCGCAGUGACAGCGAGCGGGAGGGCUGUAUCGUAGAGCGGUCAGAUUUCUGA